CAUUCUGGUGUUGGUAAAUGCCAAAUGAUGCAGACCUCCGUUUCUCCUUCCACUCCCACAUCCCCUGCUUGCACAGGCUGUGUGAAGUUAGCAAGGUGAUGCUGGCUCAUCGAGUAACAUACAAAAGGUCACGUAUGCAGAACUGCUUUGCAUAGAUUAUGUUAUUAGAAGACCGUUUUAAGUAUGCAAUCAGAUCAUAAUGGGAGAGUGGGGCCAUUGCAUGUUGUACUUCUUUGCAUAUCUCAAAACAUUUUAAAAUAUAGCCGUGUGGGGAAAAGAGCAACCCAGAGUCACAAACCUGGAUGAUACUAGCAGAAGUAGUGCUGCAAAGAUGCUGGCAGAAUAUUUCCUCCCAUUAUCGCCCCAUUCUAUUCAUCAGCCAUCACAGAUUAGCAUUCCCUAACCUGAUACCCUCGAGGUGUGUCGAUCCAACUCCUUCGUUCUCUAGCGAGCAAAGUUGUAGGUUUUGCUGACAAUUUAGUGAUACCACAAUCAGUUUAUAAUUGGUCUUUGUGAACAAAAUGACCUCUAGAAGAUACUGAGUGGCAUAGAAGAUUGAAGGAAAAUUGCUAUGACCUUUCUGGGUUUUUUAUUUUUCCACCAUCGAGAGUAAAAAAACAAUCUUGUAGGCACUACCGUACAUUUUUACUUGGAUGAGUUGCUCUACUUUCACACAUUUUUAUUUAUUAUUAAGUUAUAUACUGUCCAUCUCAUUGUUUUGGGCAGCUCUAGGCAGCUGUUAAUAGUAAUUAUAAAUUAUUUCAGAUUAGGACCAUUAGAUCUCACAGCCGCAAAGAUAAAUGAUAAGUGAGUUACUCCAAACAAACACACACAGUACUACAUAUUAAUUCUUCAGGAUAUAUGAGAUUUUUUUUACAGCUGCUUCUCUGUUGCCUUUCAAAGCGAAAUCAAAUUGAUUGUACGGAACCCUGUUUUGAUAGUUGCCUAUCAAAUUCUUAGAAUCACAGAGAUGAAAGGAGUCAUGGUGGCAGUCUAGUCCCAAUGACUGAUUGUCCUCCUCAAUUGAUUCCACUGUUAGAAGCUUCUCCUGGAGUUAGAAUGAGUUUCCUAAGAUUGACUUGGAAUUUGUCGUCUUACUUCAGGAUUGAAUAGAUGGGGAAAAUUUUCUGCAGUGGUUGAAAUUUUAGUUGGCAGGAAGCCAAAUUGCAUUAUUGGGCAAUGUCACAUUUUGUUUGCUAUCAUUUUCUUAAGUGUGUUUAAAUGAGAAGUUGGGUGCUUUUUAGAGAGAUGUCUGCAAUUGGGUUAUCAUCCAACCUACCAUAAUUUGAGGCCAUGGCAAAACAGAUCUAGAGAACUGACAAAUAGCUUUUUUCCAGUCUCAUAGAAGGUAGAUCAUCUGAAGAUAAGAAAACGUCCCUCCAGUUCCUCUCAAUCACUAAAUUAACUGGUGAAAUAAGCCCCACUGUAUUGAAUGGAUAUACAGAAGCAGUUUAAAAAGGAAGCAGAUUCAUAAAAGGAUUCCGAUCAAGGGUUACACAUAGGGCAAAAUGCUAAAAAAUACCCAUCCUUGCAUUUCAGUAUCUUGAAGAAUGUUUAGAUGGGUUAAUCCAUGGCACCGUAAACCUAUUUACUAGGUUUAGUAAAUAGUAAACCCAUUUACUAUUAUAGAUGCUGCUGGAAGCAGAAUCUGAAUGAUGCUCGAGACGAGACUGGCUAGGCUAUUGUGUCAGCUUCUUCUGUUAAAUAUAAUAAGGUGACUACACUUGAGUCUUGCUCUUUCGUUUGAACUAACAAAGACGAGUGCAAUAAUAGUACCACAAGUGCACUUCUUUACUGUUUCUUUGAGGGUAGGUUUCUCCAUUCUUUUUCUGUGUCCCUUAUACCAAACUUUAAAACUACCCCCUUUGGGGCUGGAGAAAGCCAGCUGUACUACAGUCACACCACUAUCUUUAGAAGUGUCAACAUGAAAGUUACUCCCUUAUGAUUUUGAUUUUUGUUUUUUUAAAAAAGGUAAUUGCACCGCAAAUGAGGAACCGUGAAGCAAUAGUUGAGUAUUGCUGGCUUUCUGCUUUACUAUUGUGAAUCAUUAGCAUUCAUUGAGACAGGAUUAGAAUGGGAUGCCGUAACACCACGUUUCCAGAUACGAUGUAGAUGGUCCUGUCCAAGAAAUGAUGCUAUAGGCUACAAGUUUGGUUUUGCUUUAUGGAUGUAUUGGGGUUUCUUUACAAGAUUCAAGCAAAGGAAAUGAGAUGCUGCUGCUCUGAGGUUGCCGGUUUUAGGGCCUAAGACUAAGACUCGCCCCUCUAGCUGUGUGCCAUGUGAGAAAUGGUAAAAAAUUGUCGGGCUGCAUAAGCUUAGAAGAGCUUCAGGUUUGUAACAGGUAUAUAUUGAAGCUUCAAAUGAGCAAGGCUGUGCUUACUGCCUGCCUGCAGGAGGUAUAAUUUACCAUCUUCUCUGCAUUGUGAUUGAUGCAGGGCUGAAACAUGAUUAAACAGAAGGGCGUCAACUUAGAAUGUUAAUGCCAUUUAUUGGAGGAGGCAUUGCCAGGACUUGGGAACGCACCAGGUAUAAUAGCAGGUGGGAGAGGUGAGGCUUCAUUUUUAUUUUUUUAUUUUUUUUUUUUAAUACGGAGGCGUAACCCUAAAAGUCGGGCGUGGCCAGGGAUAGUUAAGCCCCGCGUUUCGAAUUCAGGCGUGUCCUUUUCCUGGACUGCGAUAGGCUGAUGGGGCCGAGAAUCCAUUUUGCAUGGGUCUUGAGAUUGGUUGGUUUGCGGGGCGGUGCCGUGCCAGUGUUGGUCUGGAGGGGGCGCUGAUUAGGGAUGGUGCAGCGGCCGUGGAAGUGGCGGCUGCCCGGGCUGUGAGCUGGGGCAGCGACCGGCAUGGGGCGGUGGCGGAGUCUGCUUCGGGCACUGGACGGUUUCUGCCUUCCUCCGUUGCUGCUGCUGCUGCUGCUGCUGUUGCCGCCUCCGUUCUUGGCGGCCGGCGCUGCUGGAGAUCGCCCGUUGCAAGUGCUGCACGGCUGCUUAUUUGACAGGAGGCUAUGCUCUCAGCAGGAAGUCUGUGUGCAAGAUGGUUUAUUUGGCCAGUGCCAAGAAAGUUCAUUGCGAGACCAGCCCUACUUUCAAGUCACUACACCGGUGCUCCAGCGUUUGCAAGAUAUUCUACGGCAUCUUAUGGCACAAGGUUUAUCAUGGCAGGAUAACCUUACACAGUAUGUGAUUGCCCAGGAGAUGGAACACAUCCCUAGGUUUUACCUUCCAUCGUCAUGGAAUUCUGCAGCUGAGGAUAGGUUGCCACCUCUUCACCUAGUUCCCCGGAGACCCUCCUUGUCAUCUCAGCCUUCCUCCGCUCAGGGAGCUCACCAACCUCCUCUGCCCCCAGCACUCCUGCAGAGGUAUCUGGAAUUGCUUUUGGCCUCUCAGCCUGAGCUAGGUCACAAGAAUGCGUUCCUGUCUCCUUACUCUCAUUACCAGUUCAGCUACCCAGAUGGCACCUUCCAGGGCAGUUCUGGUGGUCACAACCCAAAGUCUCCCAUUUUCUUAGACCAAGCAGCUCCUUCCAAAGCCUUCAUGAGCGCCAGUACUGCUCCUUUCUAUAGGGAACAGCAGGGGCUGGAUGGAAGUCAACUUUUCCAAGACCUGGGGGCACUUUACUUAACCCAGGAACAGACAGGUAAAUCCAGAAACAGGGCUGAGAACAAGCAAGAUCCCAAGAUAGAUUAUCCUCUACAGGACAGUCGUAACAACCUUGAAAACAGAGCAGAGUCUCAAGCACAUGCAACCGAGCCAGAUAGACUUGUUCAGAGACUUACAGCAAUAUUUGCCAACUAUGGAAUUAAACCACAGGACGUAAUUCAGUUCCUUCAGAUUCCCAAUAAACAUGCUGGUAGGUUUGAACAGGAGGCUCCAGAAUCCAAGCGGGUGACAGAAGCAGAAAUGCAACAUGGGGACGAGCCAGAGCCAGUCCCGUCUCAAGAAGACUCUGUCAGUGUCGUUCCCACAGAGGGGCAAAUUCAGGCACACUGGGAGACAUUUGGCUCAACUGGGGCCCCCAUGUCAAUGACAACAUCUCCCCCAGACUCGCACAAGCCCUUAAGCCCAGCAGAAAGUGAUACCAGCAGUACUGAGGAGCAGGUGGCGAUGAUGAAGAAGAGUCACAUGGUAGUAGGUGUACUCAGUAAGGAUGAGGAGCAGCCAGAGACGCCAUUGGCAGCAGAGGAAUAUGGCUACGUCGUCACAGACCAGAAGCCAUUAAGUCUUGCUGUUGGCAUUCAUCUCCUUGAGACCCUGGCUGAACGUGUUCACUUAUCUACUACCAGCUUCAUCAAUAUCAGUGUGUUGGGUCCAGCUCUCACAUUCCGCAUCCGUCAAAACCAUCAAAAUUUGUCUCUGAAUGAUGUUGCCAAUAGGGCAGCCCUGGUGAAGUCAGAGCUGGAAUCAGAGGUGGGAGUAAAGAUCCUACAGAUGGGUGUAGGACAGCGCAAUGAAGCUGCAACCUACCCACAUCCUGCCCAUUUUGGCAACACUUUCCGCUCGGUGCUGCUCACUUUUGUGUUACUGGCCUGUGUGGCCGGCAUCGUCAUUGCUGCUGCUGUGGUCUUUUGUCUGCGCCAGCAUGCCAAGCAGCGGGAGAAAGAGCGGUUGGCAGGGCUGGGGCCAGAGGGAGCGACCGACAGCACCUAUGAAUACCAGGAGCUCUGCCGACAGCACAUGGCUGCCAAGUCCCUCUUUGGCCGUGCAGAAACCCCUCCGCCCCCUGCUCCUGCCGAAAACUCUCGUGUCAGCAGUGUCUCCUCGCAAUUCAGCGAUGCACCCCAGGCCAGUCCCAGCUCCCACAGCAGCACGCCAUCUUGGUGUGAAGAGCCUGUGCAGUCCAACAUGGAUAUCUCCACUGGACACAUGAUUCUGGCAUAUAUGGAGGACCAUCUACGUAAUCGUGAUAGGUUGGCUAAAGAGUGGCAAGCAAUGUGUGCAUACCAAGCAGAACCAAACACUUGUGAUGCUGCCCAGCAUGAAGCCAAUGUCAAGAAGAACCGCAACCCAGAUUAUGUGCCCUAUGACCACGCACGCAUCAAGUUGAAAAUGGAAUGCAACCCAUCGCGGAGUGACUUCAUUAAUGCCAGCCCCAUUAUUGACCAUGAUCCACGGAUGCCAGCAUACAUUGCAACACAAGGUCCAUUGUCCCACACCAUUGCUGAUUUUUGGCAGAUGGUAUGGGAGAAUGGCUGCACAGUCAUUGUCAUGCUCACCCCACUGGUGGAGGAUGGCGUCAAGCAAUGUGACCGCUAUUGGCCCGAUGAGGGAUCCUCACUUUACCACAUCUAUGAGGUGAACCUUGUCUCAGAGCACAUCUGGUGUGAGGAUUUCCUGGUGCGCAGUUUCUACUUGAAGAAUGUGCAAUCACAGGAGACACGGACUCUGACGCAAUUUCACUUCCUCAGCUGGCCAGCAGAGGGCAUUCCUACCACCACUCGGCCUCUCCUUGACUUCCGCAGGAAGGUGAACAAAUGCUACCGGGGCCGGUCAUGCCCAAUCGUCGUGCACUGCAGUGAUGGCGCAGGAAGGACUGGAACAUACAUUCUUAUUGACAUGGUUUUAAACCGAAUGGCAAAAGGUGUGAAGGAGAUAGAUAUUGCAGCCACCUUGGAGCAUGUGAGGGACCAGAGACCAGGUGUGGUGCAGACUAAGGACCAGUUUGAGUUUGCACUGACAGCCGUGGCAGAGGAAGUGAAUGCCAUCCUGAAGGCUCUGCCACAAUGAAGUGUCUAUUCAGCAUACUCCAACUUGGUGAUUCCCCAACCUGACCCUUUGCCUCUGCUGUUGCCGUGUUCUUGCCUGGGGUGUUUUCCCUUUACCAUGUGUCAUCUCCAUGUGGUUCACCAUGGCUGCAUUUAAUUGCCCUGUGGAAAUAUUGGCCCCUUGCCUACCUGCCCAAUUGGAUCUCAUCCAUCCAACAUCCUAUAACCCUCCUCAUGCUGCUAAGGCCUACUCCACCCUGGUCUCUCUGGAAGCAGCCCUUGGUGGAUAGAAGAGUUGGGUCCCUUUCUAGACAGCCAGGUCACCUCUAGUUGUGAGAGGAUGUGACAUGGAGCAAUACAGGGGCUGCAGUCCAAAGCAGAGUUAGCCCGCCUUUUGAGAUGCAUUAAAGGCCAGUUUUCUGAAGUGCCUACUUUAUGUUUACGGGCAUUGGUCAAAGCAAGUAGAUUUGCAGUGGGAGGGCUGUGGGCCCAUUUCUCUUUUCUCUUCAGUAUCCUGCUUAGCCCUAGUGCCCAAAUGAAUGAGUAGAAAUGGUAAUGCCUUAGCAGAAGCUAGGUUACAUCAAUUGCCAGUUUUCAUCCUUCCAUUCUUCCCUCUCUAAAUUUCACCGUCUGAUCCUGUGCCCACAGCAGGGGAAGAACUUACAUGGCUUCUGCGCUCAUUGUUGUCCCAUUGUCGUCCUCCUCCUCUGUUUCCUGCAGGCCUGGAGCCAAGCCUAGUCACAACCAUUUGCUCCCUUCCCUAAACGGAGGAAGGGAACGUCACAGGGAGAUGGCCCUACAGCUGCUAACUGCUGUUUUGUCUCCCUACUUUCUCCUGAGUGUUACUUAUCACAAAGAGACAUUUCUAGAGAAUCUAAUUUUGUAUUUGAUGUGAAUAAAGGUUUUGUGUCGCGUUUGUGCAGCUGCA